AUGUCUUCGUCAAAUUCGGAGUCGUCGGCGCCGCCGUCGCUGGAGGAGCUGAGCACCAGAGGCGCCACCGCGCUCCUCCUCCCCUGGAUCCUUCGCAUGGCCGCCGCGGCCGAUUCCCCUCCCGGCGAGGUGGCCGUAUUCGUCCACCAACCGACCCGAUCGAUAACCCUAGUGGAGGGCUCCCUCGACAUGGAGUCUCUCCUCCGCGAGGUCCCGGGGAAGGAGGGGCCUCUGCCGGCGACGAAGGCCUCGAUCGAGUCGCUGCCGGUGGUGCAGGUGUCGGAGGAGUGCGCGAUCUGCCUGGCGGAGUACGAGGAGGCGAAGGAGAUGCCGUGCCGCCACCGGUUCCACGCGGAUUGCAUCGAUCGGUGGCUGGGGAUGCACGGAUCGUGCCCGAUUUGCAGAUACGGGAUGCCGGCGGAGGAGGGGAAGGAGGAGAUGGGGGGAUGGAGGAUCCAUUUGUUCGUGGCGCGGGGCAGGAGGGGUGACGGGUCGGAUUCGGACAUGGAUGUGGAUGUGGAAAUGGAUAUGGAUACGGAUGCGGGUGGGAGUUGGGAAAGUGAGGAGGCGGGUCAUGCUCAUGAUGAGUCGUCAGCUCAGGAUAUGGAGAUUUAUGAAAGUGAAUGA